UUGGGGGCAGCGCUUGACGUCAAGGAUUUGUGAAGAAUAAGCAGUAAAACAGCGAGCAGUGCUUUAGCAUAGCGUAAUUUCCGCACAGACUGAACAGGAAUCGUUUCAGUUUUGGAGAGCCCCAAUGCCUGGUCCCACCCAAGCACUGUCCCCAAAUGGAGAAAAUAAUAACGACAUUAUCCCGGACAACGGAACCAACAUCAUUCCCUACAGAAAAAAUACUGUGCGAGGGGAGCGCGCCUACAGCUGGGGAAUGGCGGUCAAUGUAUAUUCUACCUCAAUAACCCAGGAGACUAUGAGCAGGCAUGACAUCACUGCCUGGGUCAAUGACAUUCUCUGUCUAAACUACACUAAAGUGGAGCAGUUGUCCUCAGGAGCAGCCUAUUGCCAGUUCAUGGACAUGCUGUUUCCUGGCUGCAUCAGUCUGAAGAAGGUGAAGUUUCAAGCCAAACUGGAGCAUGAGUACAUUCACAACUUCAAGCUGCUGCAGGCUUCCUUCAAGAGGAUGAAUGUGGACAAGAUUAUCCCUGUGGAGAAGCUGGUCAAAGGCCGCUUUCAGGAUAACCUAGAUUUCAUCCAGUGGUUCAAGAAGUUUUUUGAUGCCAACUACGAUGGCAAGGAGUACAAUCCAAUUCAGGCCAGACAGGGCCAAGAUGCCAUUCCUCCCCCAGACCCUGGUGAACAGAUCUUCAAUCUCCCUAAGAAGUCCCACCACGCAGCAAGCUCCCCUACAGCAGGAGCAACCAAGUCAAGUUCAGCCACUAAACCCUCAACACCUUCAUCAAGACCCUCGUCAGCUAAAAAGAUCCCCACACCCACAGCCCCUGCCAAAGGAGAGAAGGAACUGGAGGCACAGGUCACACAACUCAAUGAUCAGGUGAACACAUUAAAACUUGCAUUAGAAGGUGUGGAAAAGGAAAGGGACUUCUACUUCGGGAAGCUGAGAGAGAUUGAGCUGCUGUGUCAGGAACAGGGUCAGGACAGUGCCCAGUUUGUGCAGCAGCUAAUGGAAGUGCUUUAUUCCACGGAAGAGCAGGAGGGAGCAGGUGACCCAGGGGACGACCCCGAGCAGCAGGCCCAAGAGGAGGAAGCCCAGCCGCAGGAGGAGUACUGAGCGCUGGGGCCGCUGGAGCGGCGCCGAGCGCCGCCAUCACACCCCGCCCGUUGUUUCCGUGGGAACUGUUUUUCAGCUUUUUAUUUUUUCAUGAUCUAUUUUCUUUGUCCUGAGGACUGAGCACAUACGCACCCCCCCUUCUAUGCCCCCCACUGUUCAGCAUUGCUGUGUUUUUGUGACAGUUGAAGUGCUGCACCCCACUAUAACCAUUUCGACACCUAAGCAUACUGCUCUGGCCACCGCCGACUGAUCCCAGGACAGUAAGGGCAAAGCACUCCGGUGUGGAGAAGAUUCAUUCAGAGCUCAGGUAUGAGAUGUGGUAUUUACGUCAGUUAGUUUGUAUUAGUGUGAACACUACCUGCUUCUUUCCCAUCAAUAACUGUGUACUUUGAAGUUUUAAUUUUUCCUUAUUGGAUUCGACAUAUCAGCUCUAUUCAUUGUGAUAAAAUGCAAUAAGCAUAGCCCUGAAGUUUUUUUAUUUUUAUUUUUUUAAGGCCUCCCACGUUACUUCCAUCACAACAAUUUAACUUAUACUAUACUUUAAGUAAAAAGGAUGUUUAAAGUAUAAUGCUUACAGAAUGUUGUGAAUGAAGUGCAUUUGAUUAGGUUGUUGCCACAUGAAGGGAGAAAUGCUGCAGUGUUUAUGAAUCAGGAAUUCAACUUAGGUUGUAAGUAAAACCCUUUCAUUUUUUGACUGUCAUUGAAAAUUCCAAGGAAUUGAAAAAUUGAUGAAUUCAUGUGUAAGAUAUAUGCUUAUAUUUAAUUUUAAACCACAGGUAUAGAGGAAGUUGUUACCGGUCCAUUCACUGGGAAUUUGACGCAGUACAGUAUUCCAGUACAUUGUAUUACUACUUUCCUUGAUUAUGCAUUUACUAUUACUAAACUCAAUAGCUCACCGUAAUGCUUUUGUCAUAUAUUAUGUGUAAAAUGAAAAGGAAUGUAAACAAAUGUACUGUUUAUAGUUAUAAAUAGCAAAAAGAAAAAAAUAUUGGGGAUUCCUUAGACGUCUUACUGUCUUACUCGUCAUGCGCUCCCCACAAUUUGUUGCAUGUUAGCAUUGGUAAUUUUUUUGUCCUCGAUUAUUAUGUGAAUAACUUGACCUGCUUUUAUCUUUUUACAUAUUUAAUAAAAACUAUGUUAAGUGAGCUGUGUUUUGUACGUUUAACCUGCCAUUUCAAAGCUGAGGAGAUUUGGGUGGAUUUGCUAUAAUAAAAACCUACACCUUUGAAGAAUGAAA